AGUUCCUCAAAUAGCAAUUAUUAACCUUAACUGUAUCAUCAGUGGAAAAAACCCUGAAAAUAAAACUUUUACAAUUGAGAUUUCUAAUGAUAAAAAGUAUAAAUUGCUCAAACAUACAGUAAAAAAAUGCUUGGCACCUUUAUUUGAUUCCAUCCCUUCUACUCAAAUUACCCUUCAUUCAUCUGCUGAUA